UCGUCUGAGUUCUGUCUCUCUUGCGCAAUCCAAAGACUCAAAGAGUGAGUGAUCGUCGUUCUGUAAUUGUACACAUAGGAGAGAGAACAGAAGCGGAGAGGAGAGUAGCGAAGCUAAAGAGGGAGAAUGUCGAAGAAGAAACCUUUCAGCGGCUCCACCAUGACACUGAAAGACUUUCAUGGCGGUUCCAUCCCUUCUGAUCUUCCUCUACCUUCUGCUCCCGGAGUCAUUGUAAGGCCUUCCGAUCGUCCUGGUUUUGAGCGUCAGAUCCCGAACGCAUGGGGAAACCCUGUGGGCAGAUCCGAUCAUCGUCCACGGCCAGGGUCUUCUGGCGCGACUCGUAAUUUUGACGAGAAAACUUCUCUCCUGUCGCACCCUUCCCGCAUCGGCCGGAACUUCGACGAGGAUGAACGCAAGCCAUUGGAUGGCGUGUCGGCUCCGCGUCGAACCGUCAGUGAUGAAAGCCUCGUUGUUCCGCCUAGUCGUCCGGAGCAGAAGCCGGAUUCUGUGGCUCCUGGAAAGUUUACUGGACAGAUUUCAAGUUCUGUUUCUCACUCACCAAGUGCCGCUCCUAGUUCCUAUCCUACGAGAUUCACUGGAGCAGUUUCCAUGGGGAUGAAUCCGCAAGUCCAAGCUGGUUCUAACGGUCAGGCUGCUGCUAGUUCCCAUCCAAAUGCGUGGGGGACGAGGAAGGAGGCUGUCGGUGAGCCGGUGGCUGCUUCUGCCUUGUCUGGUCCUGGUGCUGUCUCCAGGUUUGCGCAGGCUAGUGCCCUUGAGAAGGUCUCAUCGGGUAGAUGGCAAUCUAAGCAACCGAUCCAUCAUUCCCCUGAUGUUGAAUUGAAUAGCUUAUUUGAUCCAGAGAGUGAUUUUCGCUCCAAAGAUAAUAUUGCAUAUAUUGGUGUUGCCCCAAUUAGUGAAAGGGGCGACCACGAUGUAAUGCGAGGAAGGUACACUGAAAGGUGUCGCAUUAAUGAUGAUGGUGCCCGUGGUAGUGUGAAGGAGUUGCCAGACUAUGAGAAGGCGAGGUCUCCAUUGUAUCCAGAUGCAACAGACAGGGCGAGGUCUCCGAUAUAUCCGGAGACAAAAGAUCGGAGCUUGCCGAUCUAUCCUGAUGGUGUUCGACCUGCUUCCACUGAAGGUCAAUUUGUCGGGUCCCAAAUUCAAUCACCAAUGCCUUCAGAAGUAUCUGAGAGGCCUAAACUGAAGCUCCUUCCUAGGUCAAAACCAUUGGAGACUUCAGAACCACCAGUUGUGGAAAAUAAGCAGCAGGGUUAUCAAUCUGCCCAUAUGGAAGUUAUCAAUGAAUCACAUGCAAAUGCAAAUCCCCCAAAACUGGGGUCAGCUGGAGCUGAAGUGGGGAACUUGACAUUUGAACGCCCCAAAUUGAAUUUAAAGCCCCGUUCGCAGCUUCUAGAACAACAGGAAGAAAAUUUUGAAAGAGAAAGGAAAUCAUUGUUUGGUGGUGCACGCCCUCGAGAAUUGGUUCUGAAGGAGCGCGGUAUUGAUGAUGUAGCUUUCAACAAUGUUGACGCUACUCAACAACCCACCAGGGUAAACCAUGAGCUUAGCAAGACUGAAACAAAGCCCGAGGUUGCAGUUCCCUCUGCCAGAUAUGGUGACAGGGCGGCAAAUUUCUCGCUUGAUCAGAGGAUUGGAAGGGAUUCUGAGAGGAAAGAUCAACAGCUAGACAAUGAGAAAACAGCGGUACAGAGGGGUUAUUGGCGGAAUGAGAACUGGAGGAAUAGUAAGGAGACCGAAAAGCAGCAGGAACAGCCGACUGAGCCAGAGACUUGGCGCAAGCCUGUUGAGCUAGCUAAACCAUUUCUACCUGAUGCUCCAGGAUUGCGCUAUGGAAAAGCAGCUACUGCCUUGGAGCUUGCCCAAUCAUUCUCUCGGUCAGUCUCCGAUGCAAAGGCAGCUGAUCGGUUCUCUGGCCAGAGGGGUCAGCCUGGCCAAAACCAGAUCCCGUUUUCACGGUUGACAGAUACUCGAGACUUUUAUUCGGGGCCUACUCCAAGGCAUCAGAUCAAUGGUUACUAAUUACUAGAGCAUGGAUGUGGCAAUUGGUUAACUCAAGUUGCGUGGGACUAGGCAUUUGGAAGAGAUGAGCCUGGCAUUCUCUCUGAAUGGCGCACCUGAAAAUUUUCAGGCUGACAGAUGGUUGUUGCAAAAGAUGGAUUUCACUGUUUCAGGUUGGGUGAGUUUGCUUUCUGCUUUUCCUCCAUUUUCCUUCUUGUUCUGUUUUCUUUAUUAAUUUUUAAGAAUAUCUCUAAGAUCCAAGAAGAAAAACAAUUGUUAUUGUACCCUCCCAGCAAAGACAGCUCCUUGUUAGAUGGUCUGUGGAUGGUUGGAAGGAGAUGUCUGUGUCAUGGCUUUGAUUGUUUAGCUGAUCCUUGGAAAUUGAUGAUGGUGGAUCAGAUUGGAAUAAGAAAUAUGAUCCAUCCAUUCACUUAUUGAAUCACAAGCCUGAGGCCAUUGAUCAA